UUGUGGAGACGUUUCUUAAAUUACCUAACAUAAUGGCGCCGUCCGUGUAGCUCCAAAGUGUCAAAUCUAUUAGGUAAUUCUUUUGUUAUUACUCUUCGCCUUGAAGAAAAUAUUAACACAUCAAAAACAGAGGACUUUGCAAAUUAUCCUGGUUCUCCAUAUAAUCCCACUUUAGGUUAGAAUAAUUGCUGUUUGCAUCCUCAGAGUGUCAUGUCCGGGCCAAAUGUUUGGCAGAGAAGCCGGGACAAAUUAAAACGUUUUACAGAAUUAUUUGCACACUGCACAGAAGAGGCAACCGCUUACGGCAAAUGUGUAGCAGCUACCACAACAAGCAGACAGGAACUGAAGAAGGAUCAUUGUGCUAAAGAAUUUGCCGCCCUGAAGACGUGCUUUGCAAAUGCUGCCAAGAAAAACUCGAAAUGAAUGGAAAAGCCUCGAUUUCUGCUCGAGGACACGAUUGAAGUCGGACGAGUAAUGGAAGAUACUGAGAAAUCACUUCUUUGAAUGGGAAUGUACGGCAUGGGUGUCAUAAUACAUUUGGAAAAGACUGCUAAUUAUGAAAAAUAAACUAAUGAGUGUGCUUAGUA